AUGAUGCUCAGAGUUCGCAGCAGAGACGGUCUGGAACGAGUCACUGUAGAUAACCCACAACACACCACUGUCUCCCAACUCAAAGCCCUAAUCCAAACCCAGCUCCGAAUCCCUUUCCAGAACCAGACCAUCUCCACCAACCAAAACCUCCUCUUGGCCAAGACCCAUGACGACAUCUCCCGAUUCACCGACAUGGCAAAUCCCAACACUUCUCUCUCGGCCCUCAAUCUCUCCCAUGGCUCCAUCGUCUACCUCGCCUACGACGGCGAGCGCACCGUCGCCGGCCCCACCUUCCACCCGGCAGGCUCUUUCGGUCGCAAGAUGACCAUGGACGAUCUCAUCGCCAAGCAGAUGAAAGUCACCCGCCAAGAAAACCCGCACAGCGAGCUCGUCUCCUUUGAUCGCGAUUGCGCCAAUGCCUUCCAGCAUUACGUCAACGACACGCUCGCUUUUGCGGUGAAGCGCGGUGGAUUCAUGUACGGUACGGUGUCGGAGGAGGGAAAGGUGGAGGUGGAUUUCAUAUACGAGCCUCCCCAACAGGGGACUGAGGCGAAUUUGGUGUUUUUCAGAGACCCAGAUGAGGAAAAGUCGGUGGAGGCUAUUGCAAUGGGGUUGGGAAUGAGACGGGUCGGUUUUAUAUUCACCCAGACGGUGAGCCAGGACAAAAAAGACUAUACUUUGUCGAAUAGGGAGGUUCUUCAGGCCUCGGAGUUUCACGCGGAGAGUGGCUUGAAGGAGUGGGUGACUGCCAUGGUUAAAUUGGAGGUGAAUGAGGAUGGCGGUGCUGAUGUGCAUUUUGAGGCUUUUCAGAUGAGCGAUAUGUGUAUUAGAUUGUUUAAAGAAGGGUGGUUCGAGACUGAGAUUGAAGAGGGUCAUGAUCCAAAGUUGUCCAAGAUGAAGAAGGAUGUUGUUGUUGGGGUGAAGGAUACUAGGGAAGUGGACAAUGAUUUUUUCUUGGUGGUGGUAAAGAUCUUCGAUCACCAGGGCCCACUUUCAUCAUCUUUUCCUAUUGAGAACCGUAACACCCCAGUGACGUUGAAGGCUCUGAAAAAUCAUCUGGAUCGUGCUAAGAGUCUUCCAUUUGUGAAGCGAAUAUCAGAUUUUCAUUUGAUGCUCUUGCUGGCCAGGUUUUUAGACGUAGCUGCAGAUAUUCCUGCUUUGGCAGAGUGUGUCCAUACAGAGUCACCCAUACCAGAAGGUUACCAGUUAUUAAUCGAGUCGAUGGCCAAUGCUUCUUGA